AGGAUGAAGACCAGACUGGGCUGCCUGUCCCACAAGUCGGACUCGUACAGCGACUUCAGCGAGUUCCUGCCCCCGGCCCACGAGACCACAGCGCGAUGUCAGAAGCUGUCCACAGACGAGGUGGUGCGGUGGUCCGAGUCUUUCAACGAACUCAUCUCGCACAAAUAUGGGCUGGUGGUGUUCCGGACUUUCCUGAAGUCGGAGUUCAGUGACGAGAACAUCGAGUUCUGGAUGGCCUGUGAGGACUACAAGAAGGUCAAGAACUCCACCAAACUGGCCUCCAAAGCCAACAAGAUCUACAAGGAGUUUAUCGACGUGCAGGCGCCAAGAGAGAUCAACAUCGACUACCGCACCAGGGAGCGGACUAAGCAGACCCUUCUGAUGGACCCCACCCCGACCUGCCUGAACGAGGUGCAGUCCAAAGUCUACAGCCUGAUGGAGAAGGACUCAUACCCGCGCUUCCUCCGCUCCAAGAUGUACCAGGACAUCGUAAACCGAUCGCACGUACAGGGCCAGAGGAGAUCGGUCUAG